AUGGUGAAGAUAGAUUUUGGCAGUCUUGGUGACUCUUUCAGUUUUGGCUCCCUCAAGGCUUAUCUGUCUGAGUUCAUUGCCACUCUUCUUUUUGUGUUUGCUGGUGUUGGAUCGGCUAUCGCUUACAAUAAGCUCACAACAGAUGCAGCCUUAGACCCACCUGGCCUUGUUGCGGUGGCAGUGGCUCAUGCAUUUGCACUGUUUGUGGGAGUCUCCGUAGCAGCAAACAUUUCAGGCGGCCACUUAAAUCCAGCUGUCACCUUUGGACUGGCCAUCGGAGGCAACAUCACCAUCCUUACUGGCCUGUUGUAUUGGAUUGCUCAAUGCCUCGGCUCCAUUGUCGCAUGCCUCCUCCUCAAAGUCGUCACUAGUGCUGAGAGCGUCCCAACCCACGGAGUUGCUUCAGGGAUGAAUGCCAUUGAAGGAGUGGUGAUGGAGAUUGUCAUAACCUUUGCACUUGUCUACACUGUCUAUGCCACAGCCGCAGACCCCAAAAAGGGCCCCAUUGGAAUUAUAGCACCCAUUGCAAUUGGGUUCAUUGUUGGUGCUAACAUACUUGCUGCUGGCCCAUUCAGUGGUGGUUCGAUGAACCCAGCUCGCUCAUUUGGCCCAGCUGUGGUCAGUGGAGACUUCUCGCAGAACUGGAUCUACUGGGUGGGCCCACUCAUUGGAGGUGGAUUGGCUGGGCUUGUUUAUGGAGAUAUUUUCAUUGGGUCUUAUGCCCCAGCCCCAGUUUCUGAAGAAUAUGCCUGA